AUGAAUAAUACUACGCUGAACUUCAACAUAACUGGAUCAUCCACAAACUCUACCACUCCUUUCACUGACCUAAUGGAUUGUUUGUUUACAUCUCUUAUAUUCGUCAACACCCUGGUUGGUCUUCCUACACACUCCUAUAUCAUAUGGCUUAUUGUCACAGGAUCAGAAAGUGGAAUUGCAUUAGAGUUUUUCAACUUGAAUCUCUCUGUUUGUGAGAUUGGAAUCUGCCUGGAUUGUUUUGUUAAAAUGCUGGCAAAUCGGUUUUCAUUUCUCCAGGGAUUUGCCGCUUGUUUACUGGGACUAGGUAUCACCGGUCGACCUCUAUUUCAUUGUCUAAUCUGUCUUGAGCGUUACCUGGCUGUGGUUCAUCCUGUAACCUUUCUGAAGUUCAAACCUCUCAGAUAUAAAGUCAUCUGCUGCACGGCUGUCUGGAUCAUCAGUCUUGGAUCCUGUUUGGCCUGCACGUUUCUUCUAGUUAUUUUACAUGCAUUGGAUAUACAUACAUGGCUGUUCUCAGUGCAGUCCCUCGUCUACUUCUCUAUUGAGUUGUUUUGUCUUUCGGCGGUUCUCAGGGUUCUGAAGCAGUCAGGACCAGGAGAAAGAAGGAGAGAGAAAGAGGAGGAAAACCACAUGAAGAGAAGAGCAUUUAACCUCAUCCUCGUAACAACUGUAAACAUGCUUAUCACAUAUGUUUUAAUUGCUGUCUCAGGACUCUAUAACAUUUUGUCACAACAUUAUGUUGACCAACCUUAUUUAUUUAUUGUAGUUUGUUUUGUUUUGGCUGGUUUUGUUCAUCCUGUCUUUUAUCUGCACCGGGCUGGAAAACUAUGUUGCUUUUGUUCGUUGCUGUUGCUGCCGCAGUGA